AUGGAACUUACCAAAAAUAGCAUGUUUUUAAUAAACAAAAAUGAAGCUGUAGUUUGUGAAAAUAACCACAGGAAAGAAUUAUCUGAGCCUCAAGUGUUUUUAACUAUACCUGAUAAUGAAUUAGGCAUCAAAGAUUGAUUAAAUCAGCUCGAAAAUGACCAAAAAUUAUAUAAAGGAGAUGAUAAUUUAUUUUGUGAAGAUUGUGGGCAUAGAUCUGAUUCAGAUAUCGUGACAAAAAGCAUUAAAGCUCACGAAAUUUUAGCUUUAUGUAAUGCCAAAAGUAAAAACUCGAUUGGAAAUAUUCCUAAUCGUGUUUCCUUAGGCCAAAGUCAGUAUGAAAUAUUUGGAAUAAUUUCAUACAGCGAAAAACACUACAUAGCUUAUACAAGAGAAGAGGGAAUUUGAAAUGAGUAUAAUGAUCAGGAAGUCAGAGAAAACAAGUCUCCAAACCCCAAAACUAGCUAUAUGCUGUUUUAUAGAAAAACUUACCAUUAA